UAACAACUAAUCGUAAUAUAGAUUAUCAACAUAUUUAAAUGAUGUUCAGCUAUUUCACGCUUAAGAAGUCAAUUUUAAAUAAGAACGAGUGACAGUGAUAAUGAAAUAUCAAUACGAGUAGCGCGUAUGUACCUGUCGUUUUGUGUUUAUCGAACCACCGAAUGGUUGCCCGUUACCAGGAGGGUGCAGGAUUCUGUUUACUAUGCUUUCGCAUUCCGCAUGGCCCCAUAGAGUGUCGCCAUCUACAACGCAAUUUUUAACCGUCCUAGCACACGCACAGUCGGAAGAGUCAGGGAUUGAACCUGGACCUAUCGCAACAAUCACCGGUUCCGUAGUCUCUUUUGGUAGAGACCUCGCGGAUCCCAUCUACGAUACCGAUCACACUGACCUGGGAAGCGAGCCUGACGAAAGGGAAAGUAGACAGGAAUUGCUACGAGAUCAAUGGAGACAGUUAUUUGAUAAGUAUGAUAAGGAAGGGUUUGGGGAAAUACCGUGGCCCGAUUUGAUAGUGGCACUGGAUCAACCAGAGUUUCGACAGAGGGUGGGUUCAGGAAAAAGAGAGAUCUUGUUGGACAAAGCGAGGUCGGCCACAACACCUGCCAUAACAUUCCAAGAUUUCGUCAAUUUGGUAAGACUCUUUUCUAUUUGGACACGAUUUUUUUAUGGAAUUGUAAAGCUGUAAGUUUAAUACUUUAAUUGAAUUCCCGAAGGACGAGUACAUAUAUGUUAG